CAUCUGUUUCUGUCUUCCCCCCGUAUUCCUCUCCACUCCCCUCCCUCUCCCAGGUACGGCUCUUACCUGGUGUGGCGAGACCUGGGCGGCUUCACUGAAGAUGCUCUGGUUCCGCUCGGCCUGUAUGGGGCACAGCUCGCAUUGAACUGGGCCUGGACGCCCAUCUUCUUCGGGGCACACAAACUGAAGCUGGCCCUGAUCGAGGUCGUGCUGCUGACGGGCACGGCAGGCGCCACCGCGCUGUCCUGGUACCCCGUCAACAAGACGGCAGCGUUGCUCAUGGUGCCCUACCUCAUGUGGCUCUGCCUGGCCACCGGCCUCACUUACUGCAUCUGGAGGGACAACCCCGACAAGCAGGACUGAAAAAGGGGUGUCCGAGCCCCUCCCUGCACAAUGGAGGAGGCUUCUGGGAAGUGCCUGCGUCACCUGUGCCAGGGCUGCACAGCGACAACAGAGGGUCGUCUUCUCCCUCUCUCAUUUUGUAUGUACUUUUGGAGUUAAUAAAAUAGUUUGAGAUUAAUG